AUGAUGACACGUAUCAUUGUAACAGACAUUGAUAUGCAAACAAUGGGACCAAUGGAAAUUAGUGGAUACCCUACCUUAGAACCUGGGUAUGCAUUGAUUGAAUUUGAGAACUUUGAAGAAGCACAGAGAGCCAUAAAUGAAACAGAUGGAACUGAGCUACUCAUGCAAUCCAUUGGUGUUGAUUGGGCAUUCAGUAAAGGUCCUUUUAAGAGGAGAAAUGUGAGGAGGAGAUCACCACGGGGGCAUCGGUCAAGGAGUCCCGGGAGGAGAUACUAAUCCUGCAUGUGUCUUGUGCAAGGUUUUUCUGUUUAGAGCUAACAAAUCAAGAUGAUUCGAAAUUUUUAUUGGCACUAGUUGUCAUUGCAUGAUAAUUGCUAUAUCCGCUGAGGAUUUUUUUCUUCUUCUGUCGUUUGUUGUUUUGUCCCCCUUGUAAUGGAUGUUGAAAUCUUAUUGCUAUUAUGUGUUGGUGUAUAUGGAUUAUGUUAAGGCUAUCUUCAUGUUUUGCACUCGUAGUAAAGCUGUAGUUUGCCAUGAAUGAGCAUUGGUAUGAAGAUGAUUGUUGAAGAUAUCUU